UUCUAGAAGGAAGUUUACAAAAACCCAUCCCAGCGGCCUCACUUUCGUCCGGAAGAAACUAAAUUAAGUACGCCGAGCCGGGAAGCAAAGAUCCACUGGUGAAAACGCUUAUUAAGGAGUUUCUGUGAAGAAAGCAUCCACUGUCGGAAUGGUUGACUACAGCCGGUGGAAGAAUAUCGAGAUCUCGGAUGAUGAAGAUGACACGCAUCCGAACAUCGACACGCCGUCGCUGUUCCGCUGGCGGCAUCAGGCCCGGGUCGAGCGCAUGGAGGAGCAGGAGAAGAAGAAGGAGACGCUAGAGAGCAAGAAGAAAACCACCGAGAAGAAGCUGGAGGAGGUCAAGGAGAAGCUACAGCGCAACGAGGGCAACAUGGAUGAGCUGAAAAAGUGCAUCGACGAACUGGAACGAGAACAGCAGCGUGUCCGGCAGGAGGAAGAGGAGCUGCGGAAGAAGGAAAAGAUGCAACCGUGGAACGUGGACACGAUCAGCAAGCCCGGCUUUCAGAAGACGGUCAUCAACAAGAGUGCGAUCAACCGGAAGGUUGAGGAGCUGAGCGAAGAUGAGAAGGAGCGAAAUUUGCGCGAUUUCGUCAAAAAGUACGAGAAACAGGUCAAGCAGUACGGUAUGCUGCGGAAGUACGACGACUCAAAGAAGUUCCUCCAGGAUAACCAGCAUCUGGUGUGCGAGGACACGGCAAACUAUCUGGUCAUCUGGUGCAUCGAGCUGAGCAUGCAGGAGAAAAACGACCUGAUGUCGCAUGUGGCCCACCAGUGUAUCUGCAUUCAGUACGUACUGGACAUCGCGAAGCAGCUCGACAUCGAUCCGCGCGCCUGCGUGCCUUCGUUCUUCCAUCGCAUAAAGGAGCCCGAAGCCGAGUACAAGAAGCAGUUCCAGGUUGAGAUCGAAGCCUUCAAGGAGCGCAUUCGGAAGCGGGCACAGGAAAAGCUCGCGCUGCUGGUGGAAGAGCAGGAGGAGGAAGAGCGCAAAGCCAGACUCGGUCCGGGUGGGCUGGAUCCGGCGGAGGUGUUCGAGUCACUGCCCGAGGAGCUACAGAAGUGCUUCGAAACGAGAGACAUCACCAUGCUGCAGGAAGCGAUGGCCAAGCUGCCCGUGGACGAAGCCCGCCAGCAUCUGCAACGAUGCAUCGACUCGGGCCUCUGGGUACCGAAUGCUGGCGGAAGCGGUACUGAUAUCGAUGGCAAGAGCGAAGCCACCGCGGAGGACCCAUUGUACGUGCCGGUGAAACUGAAAGAAAAGGACGAGGAGAACGAAUCGAAAGAGUGAACCGACCACAAAUGGACCGAUCCUUGGACUGCUUUGCAGGACCGUCAAGUAUUCUCAUUGGUUUUGUGCUGCGAAAUUCGGCACCAACAGUUCCCUCCAGUUCACCGAGUAGAAACUGAAACCGACAGCAAAUUGCCUAUCAUGGAAAACUCUUGUCCCCGCGACGUUUCGCUGAUUAGUUACUGUACUUUUCGGAGCGCCUCAGACAGAGUGCAUCAUCGCUCGUCAGCUAUUCCUUUGAAAUAAUUGUUUAGUCUCAGGUUCUAAUAAAGGCAACAAGCGGAUGACUAUUAAGCCCUCCCCUGAUUCAGGCUAGAGGAUCGAGUGAAAUUUGUGGCACGAGCCCUUUAUCAUUGUAAUUAGUUCUUGGCAAUUUGCCUCCAGCGAUCCAUUUUUGUAUCAUGCAACAAAUUAAGAAGAAAAUGACGCAGAGCUAUUGCUACUGCCUCUCCGAAUUC